AUGGCACAAAAAUUAGAAUGGUCUGCUAUUGACGGACAAGAACACCCAGUCUUAUCCCCUGCAUGGACCUCCAACGGUCACGUCUUCACCUCGGGUAUCGUGGGUCAAAACUACACCACUGGCGAAAUUCCUGAAACUCUCGAGGAACAAACCCACUUGGCCAUUGCCAACGUCAAGAACGUGUUGGCCAAGACCAACACCGACAUCAGCAAGGUUUUCAAGGUGAUGAUGUUCAUUUCCGACAUCAGCUACGCUACCGAGAUGAACAAGAUCUACGGCCAAUACUUCCCACAAAAGCCAGCUAGAAGCUGUGUCAUUGCUGCAUUCAUGGACCCCCGUAUCAAGGUUGAAUUGGAGGUCAUCGCCACCGUUGAGUAG